AUGGAUGCUUCAAUGGAGAUCAAUCAAAAGUCGAUUCGCGUUCUUAUGUUUCCGUGGUUAGGACAUGGACACAUCUCUCCUUUCUUUGAGCUAGCUAAAAAGCUCGUUAAGAGAAACUUCACUAUUUUCUUAUGCUCAACACCCGCGAACUUCAUAUCUAUUAAACAAAAGCUCAUCAAUGAAGACUUAACCGAAAAAAUCCACCUUGUUGAUCUUCGACUUCCAUCUCUUCCUGACCUACCUCCUCAUUACCAUACCACCAAUGGUCUUCCUUCCCACCUCAUGUCCACUCUCAAGAAGGCCUUCGCGAAGGCUCGUCCAAUUUUCACUCAAAUUAUCAAUUCUAUCGAGCCUGACUUACUUAUUUAUGAUUUACUUCAACCAUGGGCACCUAAGGUAGCCGCGGAGAAAAACAUUCCAUCUGUUGUUUUUGUUACUAGUAGCGCGACUAUGUUCUCCUACAUGUUUCAUACUUUUAGGUACCCUAACUCAGAGUUUCCUUUCUCUUCUAUUUAUUAUCGCGAUUAUGAGCUAGCACGUAUGGUUAAAAAUCAAGAGUUGGAGCCAAUUGAGCAACAACAAAAGGAUAACACUAGUGUUAAGUUGUGUUUCAAGAGGUCUUCUAACAUUGUUUUGAUCAAAGGUUUUAAGGAAAUUGAUGGUCAAUAUUGUGACUAUAUAUCUAGUUUGACUAAAAAGAGAGUUGUUCUUGUUGGUCCACUUGUUCAAGAACCAACAAGUGAAGAUGGUAAUUCACAAAUUUUAACAUGGUUGAAUCAAAAGUCAAAAGGGUCAACUAUUUUUGUGUCAUUUGGGAGUGAAUAUUUUUUGUCACAAGAGGAUAGGGAAGAGAUUGCUCAUGGGUUGGAGAAAAGUAGGGUUAACUUCAUUUGGGUUGUGAGGUUUCCGAAAGGUGAGAAACUCAAACUUGAACAAGCGUUGCCACGAGGCUUUUUCAAGAAAGUAGGUGAAAGAGGGAUGGUAGUUGAAGAUUGGGCCCCACAAGCAAAAAUAUUAGGAAACCCUAAUAUUGGUGGAUUUGUCAGUCACUGUGGAUGGAAUUCUGUCAUGGAAAGCAUGAAAAUUGGUGUGCCAAUAAUUGCUAUGCCAAUGCAUCUUGAUCAACCAUUGAAUGCUAGGCUUGUGGAAGAAGUAGGUAUUGGAUUGGAAGUUGUUAGGGACAAAGAUGGAAAACUUGAUGGAGAACAAAUUAGUGAAAUUAUCAAUAAGGUUGUUUUGGAGAAAGAAGGAGAAUCCAUAAGGGAAAAAGCUAAGAUAAUGAGUGAGACAAUAAGAGUCAAAGGUGAUGAAGAGAUUGAUGAUGUUGUUCAAGAAUUGUUCAACCUUUGCAAGACUAGAUCAAAUGUUGUCUAG